GUAAAAAUGAAUUUAAUUAAAUUUAGAAAACCGAGUUUCAUAAAAAUACGAUAAAUCGUGCUAACGUCAAGAAAUACGAUAAAAGCAAAGAAUUGAAAUUCAGUUCACAUUCUACCCUCUUAUCAAAUGAUUUUCGACCUAAAUAAAAGUCAAACUUAGUGUUCUAGUUUUGUUCAUGUGUUAGUCAAACCAACUAACGAAAAAGAAAAAGAAGGAAACGUAUACAUAAAACAUUUAUAAACAUUUGCACGUUUUGUCAAUGAUACGAAAGUGUACUUUGUUCUUUUAUUAACACACACACAUACACACACUUACACAUAGACAUAAACACAUUCAUAUAGAUAAAUUUAUUAUCGGUUAAUUACUUACAAUAACAUAGAAGAAAGAACACGUUGAUCUUAUUUGCGCCGUAAAAGUUUGCUGAUUGCAUCUUGAAGAUAUAAAACUAGAUAGGUUGAUUAAUAUCAAUGCAAUUACACGUUUUAUGAAGCAAAAUAAAAAAUAGGAUUAGAAAGGAUAUACAUACACACACACAUAUAUAUAUAUAAAUCAGUGGUAUUCGAUGAAAUCGAUAACAUUUAGCAACCGUUCGUUACUUUUAAAACCACUCGAUAAUAAAACGCAUUGUUAUUCACACCUACCUACUGUAAGGUUUUUUUUUUUUUUGUUAUUUAAAAUAGGCUACACACACACCUGUUUUACAUAUCGUAUUAUCAGGGAAGUAGUCCUUCCGUGAUUAAAACAACAAUAAUCAUUCUCGGUUAGUAUAUAAAAGGACAUUUUGUCUAUAAACUAUCGUCAGUUUUUGAAGAAUUGUCAUAACGAUGACUACUACUACUUUACAAGUAUUAUUAUUUAUGAUACUGGUUGCAAUAUGCACCGGAUUUCCUUCAAAAAGUCAUCGAGGAUCUCAUGGACAUCCGAUACCACCUGAACCAAGGAAUCAAGGACGAUUCGAGGAUGGACAUAAUCAUGAAGAAAUUGCAAGAAGAAUAAACUCAUGGAAACCAGAAGAUCCAGAAAAUAUAUGGGAAUUGAGUGGACUUUAUCAAGGUGACAUAAUGUUACCUUUAAAUCAUAAAGGUAACAAUAGAAAUGGUCUUUUGGAUACUACAACUCGUUGGCCUAAUGCAACUGUACCUUAUUACAUUGAAGAAGAAGAUUUUGAUCGAUCAGAUAUCGAAGUGAUAAAAGAUGCAAUAAAAGAAUAUCACACUAGAAGUUGUUUACGUUUUCGACCAUACAAAGAAUCCGAUAUUGAUUAUGUCCGAAUACAAGGUAAAAGUUCUGGAUGUUGGUCCAUGGUGGGUCGUCAUGGUAAAGGACAGGUAUUAAACUUGCAAGUUGACGGAUGUGUAAGGCAUGGUGUCGUUGUUCACGAGUUGAUGCACGCUUUAGGAUUUUAUCACCAACAGAGUGCAGCGAACCGUGACGAAUGGGUCGUAAUACACUGGGACAACAUAAAACCAGGAAAGGAACAUAAUUUUGAAAAAUACGAUCGAGAUACCGUAACAGAUUUUGGUUCGUCUUACGAUUAUUCCAGCGUGAUGCAUUACAGUGCACACGCAUUUUCAGUUAACGGCGAGGCAACUAUUACACCAAAGGUCGAGGAUGCAAAAAUCGGCCAACGUAACGGACUCAGUAAAAUCGACGUGGAAAAAUUACAAGCAAUGUACAAAGACGAAUGUGAUAAUCGUGAACCAGAAGUAAGUACUGCCAGUGAAUCCGAGGAAGAUCUUUCAUUUAAUUGGUCCUCAUUGGAUUUGUAAU